UCCACAUGGCUUCUAGUGCGGUCUGUUAAACCUUCGCUUCGUGCCUGGGAUCGCCCUCCUCCCACAUACCCACCGCCGGCGACGCCAUACCACUAUCGCCGCUACAGUUUUUCCUGCGUUGCGGUGCGGCGGUGUCCCUUCUGUUCUUCAUUGUCCUGAAAUUCCGUUCCUACGACCUACGAAGCCAUUGCCUCCUCGCCCACCGCUGUAGACGCGAGCCGGCGCGUGACAUCACUGCCUCCUCGAUGAUCCGGCACCCGCGAGGGGAUCUGGAUGGAAGAGAGGGACCGGACGCCUGUCGCUGAGGUCCGACGCACCAGGAAGAGGCGUGCGACCAACGAAGUCGAGUACUUGGCGGAAGAGCUGCGUCGGACCGACAUGGCGCGCGUGUCGUUCGAGGACACACAGAUGCGCGUGCCUGCGAGCGAAGACGGCACAAGCGAUGGCAUCGCAACGGCAGAGGACUACUUCUCUGCUCACGGCACCGACGAUGGCUACAACGAUGACACCAUGUCGCAGGGCUCGCUGGGGUCUCGUCGAGGGGCAAAUCGGCUCAACAUUCGAAUCCCUCCUGCCCAGUUGAAAGCAGACAUGGCCUUUACUGCGCUUCAGUACCUGCCGAUGCCAGUAAUGGUACUGUCGAGUCAAAAAUCAGUCGUCCUGGCGAACGAAGCCAUGGGAAGACUGCUGGGCAUCGAUCCUGAGCCAAAGUCCGACGAACUUGACGAAGAUUUGACUCCAUUGCAACGCCUGGCGAGUCGUGACAUUAGGUCCGCGACCGACAUUCUUUACGGCGUGACCAUUGAAGAACUGGGCAUGGAUCUGCUACAGAACGGCGGCGCGGUCUUCAUUUCUUGGACCCAGUUCCUCGACUCAAUAGUGGAUGAUGCUUCAAAGGCCCAGUGCAGCACCACGCAACUGAACACUCAUCAUGGAAGGCGACGGGAUAAAGAUAGCACACCGACCGAAGGCGAUAAACUCCAUAAGAGAUCCAAUUCUGUUAACACGACUCACUCCUCUGGUCUGAGCCAUUCUUCUGGUGUACGCGCUGAAGUCCACGAUGCAGCCGUUGAGGUCCUCUUUUCAACACACAGAGACUCCAGGAGCGGCCUUCCUAUUCUUGGUGGCACUGACGGUGACCACGUUCAGUCGCGCAUGAUCAUCAGCAUAUGGGCCACUGAAGACGAACAGUAUUAUACAUUGACCUUUACAGCAUCCACGUCAGGCACCUCAAGUUCCAGCUCAUCUUCAGAAGCGGCCAAGACAACAAGUCGGACGGUAUCACGUACAACACAUAGUUAUCCGAGUAGCGCGCAUUCCAGCAUGGAUAUUCAUAACUCUGGUCCAAGCUCUAAUUCCAGUUCAACGUCCGCGCUUAGGCAUGUCAAGAGUCCACCAACGUCGAAUUACGCCAGUCCAUCGAUCUCGGAGUUUCCACCUCGAGGUCCUCCUACGAAGUCUGCAACGAAUGAGCCGUCUUUGUUCGCCAAAACGAACAAAUUGAAACAAGCUCUUCUCAAUAGCAUGAGCAUGCCAGCCUACGCAAUGUGGAAAGAUGAAACCUUUGGCGUACCCAAUAAGGCUGCUAUUCGAUUGCUCUUUCCCUACGCAGAUGAUCACCUUGACUAUGAUUCACAAGAGCAAGCCAAGGAAUUUCUGUCCCGCUUUGUGCUCUACACUGGCGAUUUCGCAGAGACAAUACCCCUCGAAGAUUAUCCCAUCAUGCGCCUGAUGAGGGAGCGCGCCGGAUUCAAAGACUAUCGCGUUGGAAUGUACAGCGUGAAAGAUGGCAGCCGCCUGCUUUUCGACACUAGUGGAGAGCCCUUGUUAGACGAAAAGGGAGAGUUCCUGGGCGGCUGCGUUCUCUUCCAUGACGUGACUGGAUAUGCUCGUACCAUCUCGGUGCAGAGGGAACGGAAUGAACGCCAAUUCGAAAACAUUUGUAACAUGAUCCCUCAGCUGAUUUGGCGGACGACUCCGGACGGCUCGCAUGACUACUACAACGAUCCAUGGUACACGUACACGGGCCUGUCUGUAGAAGAGAGUGUUGGAGAAGGCUGGCUCAAUGCCUUUCAUCCCGAUGAUCUUGCCAUAGCAGAGCCGAUCUGGGCCCAUUCGCUGGCCACCGGAGACGAGUACCGCACCGAAUACCGGUGCAAAAGCGCUUCUGGGGAGAUGCGAUGGAUGCUUGGACGGGCUGUGCCCAUGAGAGACGAAAAAGGUAACAUUAUGAAGUGGUUUGGCACCUGCACCGACAUUCAUGAUCUCGUUCUAGCGCGAGAGGAGGCCAGACAAACCAGGCAGCAGCUGGAACGUGUCAUCGAACAUGCUAACAUUACGUUGUGGGCCGUCGAUACGGACCUGAAUUUGACUCUUUCGGAAGGGCAAGCCAUGUCAGACGACCCGGCCGACGUUGACAUUCACAAGAGAAGGCACGAAUACCUCGGCAAGCCAAUUUCCUACAUUUUCGAACGGCAAGGCAGAAAGCAUGAGCAAGAGUCCUUUGAGAGGCCAAUUAGAAGGAUAUUAGAGAAGCGCAAAUCCGAAGAGAUCAUUGAGACCGUCACGAAGCAGACCGGGAAGCAUUUCCGUACCAAGCUUGUGCCUCUCACGAGGCAGGACAGAGCAGGCGGCAUUGCAGGCGAGACAUACAUCGAUGGCGUGGUCGGAGUGAGCCUGGACGUGACUGAGUUGAAGCGAGCCGCCGAUGAGGUGGCCGAGCGUAACCGAGAAAAUGCAAGAUUGAUGGCUCAAAGUGUGGCGGCAAAGGAGGCAAGCAAAAUGAAGAGCCAGUUCUUGGCCAAUAUGUCUCAUGAGAUUCGCACACCGAUCGCAGGAGUCAUUGGCAUGUCGGAGCUACUUCUUGACGAAGACGAUUCGGCAUCUGGAAAGUUGACCAAGGAACAGCGAGAAUGUGCCGAGAACAUUCAACGCUCUGCAAACGGCUUAUUGACUGUCAUCAAUGACAUCCUGGAUUUCUCGAAGGUGGAAUCUGGCCGACUUGACAUUGAAGAAGUACAAUUCGAUCUGUCUGUUGUGAUCGGAGAUGUGAACAAAAUGCUGAGCUUCGCAGCUGAGCGCAAAGGACUGCGAUAUAUUGAUGACAUUCAGCAACUGCAGAAUUGGAAAUUGAUUGGUGAUCCGGGCAGAGUGAGACAAGUCAUGACCAACCUUUUGACGAACUCUAUCAAGUUCACCAGCGAGGGCAGUGUCACUAUGCGGGUUAAAGCGAAAAGAGAAACAGCAGACGCUGUCGAAGUACACUUUACCGUAGAAGACACAGGCAUAGGCAUUGAAGAGGAGGUCCGGCAGAAACUCUUCAAACCUUUCUCACAAGCCGACAGCUCGACCGCACGACGGUUUGGUGGCACUGGACUCGGCCUCACAAUCAGCAAGAAUCUGGUUGAACUCAUGCGUGGUGGUAUCUCUCUUGAGUCAAAACUUGGUGUGGGCACCAAAGCGACAUUCUGGAUACCUUUCAAUAAGGCGCCAUAUCAAACGUCGACGGACUCUCCCUUGGUGGAUCUUGGGUCUAUACCAGAUCGGCUAGCAUCGGAAUUGUCCGUUUCACGUCCUGGAAGCGACAAUAAUGGACCUAGCGGCCCUUCCACACCAACGGGACACGCGAGAGGCCAAUCAAUGAGUGGUAUAUCUGGCUUCCCCACGCAUCAAGACUUCCAGUCAAUGGACCUCGACCUCAAUGAGGAGGAGCGCCGGAAUACUCAAGUGCUGGUUGUUGAGGAUAACCCUGUCAACCAACAAAUCGCGCUCAAAACGAUCAAGAAGCUCGGGUUCCCAGUACGAGCUGUUUGGAACGGACAAGAGGCACUGGAAUAUCUGGCAGCUCCCUCAUCUGAACGACCUCGUCCGAGUGUGAUAUUGAUGGAUGUACAGAUGCCGAUCAUGGACGGAUAUCGUGCAACUUGGACAAUCCGUAACGACAAGGCUUUCGCACUCAAUGCUGACGUGCAAGGCACUCCAAUUGUCGCAAUGACUGCUUCCGCUAUCCAAGGCGACCGCGAAAAAUGUCAAGCAGCUGGCAUGGAUGACUAUCUCGCCAAGCCUGUAAAGAAGGUCAACCUCGAGAAGAUGCUGAUCAAAUGGGCUAUUGAGGGUAAGAGAAAGCGCGCCGAGCUGAACAGCAAUCCAGCCUUAUUGCGAGCUCGGCCAGGCAUGAAACAUAAUACCUCAUUUACUGGAAGCGAGGCUUCGAGCAAUCUGGUGACGCCGCAGGAACAUUUGUCUUCAGAAGUGGACAGGCUCGAGUUCGUGAACAACCACCGAUUCGCAGCCUCAUCAGAAACGACUUCCGAGCGUGCAGAUAGGCAGAUUCGUGCAGAAGAACAAGCCAUGUCUCUUCGUGAUCAUGAACUCAUCGAAGCUGGCGAAGAUCCCAAAACGAAACUCGGGAAAGGCCUGGGAGACGAUGCGCAUCAAGGCGAGCCGCCCGGGACGGCCACAGCGCUGACAGAGGCCAACAUGGAAAAGUUUGAAAUGAAAGACCGCAUCGAGCAGUUGAAGCGGGCCGAUACAGAUGGCGAGAAUAGCAGUAUGAUGGCCACGAUAGCGGAGACAGAAGGAUCCGCGCUGCCAGCGCGUUUACAAAGGAGCAUGGCGCCCAAUCCGGAUAUACCUAUGACGGGCAGUGUACAACAUCGACGGAGCUGGCAACCCGAGAAGAGGUGAAUCGGGGAAUAAAACAGUGAGGGAUUCUUGAUUUCAUGGAACGAUGCAUAAUACAGGGUGCACGGCAGCAUUCGUUAUUGGACUAAUGUGUUCACGAAUUUAUGAUGGAAAGGAUAACCUGCGGAGUGCAGAGAGACUUUGCGUCGCACCGGAAUGAGGUUGGCAGCAUGAAGCAAGGAGUUUUGAUCAUCGACGAGCAGCGCGCACCUUCGAACUUGAUAGACAAACGAACUUCGACAGAAAUUAUUGAUAUACCAGUCAUUCAAAAUGAUCCAGACGACUCGUUUGAACACUUCCUCGCCGCG